AUGGCACCCGAAACACCGAGAGGAGUCUCAUCGAGACUUCUCACUAUGAAGUUCAUGCAGCGAGCAGUAGCCUCAGAAAAUUCUUCUCCUGCUUCAGAAACACAUUCUUCAAAGAAGAGAAAGACUGCGCACUCUCCAGUGGCAGGCCGCCUCGAUCUAAAUAUUGACCAGGCCGCUAUUCGGGCUGCCCUCGACGCUCAGGAAACAACACGUCAAACAGCUCUCGAGCAGCAUGUUGGUGCCGACACACGUUGGGUUUUGGACAGCAACAUUACCAGCUCAAAGGCUACCAGCCAGUCAAAGACACCUCUCAAUGUUGUUUAUGUUGGAUAUGGUGAUAUUGACUCAUCUAAUGAUUCAGGCGAUAAUGAGGAUGCGCCGAGCAAUGGACGUACUUCGACAAAUAGUUUCAAGAAGGCGAUUAACCAGAAACCAGAACCACAAAAGAAUGGAGACAAUGAGGAAGACAGUGAAGAUGAAGACUCGGACGGCGCAGAUACGCCAGUGCAUGGACGAAAGCGGAAGCCAUCCAGUGAUAGCCCAAGCCGUUCGCGCUCAAGAUCACAGUCACGGCCAAAUGCCGAAAGUCUAAAGGCCAAAGAGUUCCGUGAAAAGAGGAAAAAGAAGGAAGUGAAGUUGACCAAGCCAACCUCGAUCUCUGGAGGUGGCAUCUCUGCUGGAGGAGGUAGCCAGUUCUCACCAUCCGGUGGGAAGGGCAUGACUUGCUACAAGUGCCAUCAAACCGGCCACAAAGCCGUAGACUGUCCCAAGAGGGGUCAGAUGGCGCAUAUGUACUAG